AUGCCGCUUUCGUAUCCGUCUGGUGCAAGGACCCUGCACAGGCUGUCUCAAUUCCAACGCCUCAUCAAGGUCGCACGACACACACCCUACCCGUCCGCGCCCGACGCAGACACUCCAGACUGCUUGGGUUUCAAGCCCUCUGAGUACGAGGAGGUAGUCGAGGAGCCUGUAUCAAGGAGUUCGAGGCAUGAUUCGCGGCACAUCGAUGAUAGCAAGCUCAGGGCGCAAUGGGACGCCGUCAGCUGCGACACGUGUGGCCACAGCGUCGAGGAUCACGCUGCGCUCACUGAUGCCGAUGAAGAAGAGGCGACACGCAGGGCAAAGGUCGCAGUGCGACUCGACGAGCUGCUCGAAGACAAACGCAAGUUGCUCGACUUCCACUACACCGAUGCCGACAUCGAAUCUCUCCGCAAACAGAUGCGGCCAGUGGGCGCGGACGGGCUGAUCGAAGCAUCAAGUCCGGUCUCACAACUCAGCACCGUGCCUGACGCCACACCGAGUCCGCACCCCUCAACACAAGCGCUCCCGAACGGUUCCGGACCACACUCAUCCACUCCACUAUUACAGAGCAUGAACCGGAAACGUAAGCUUCGAGACAGUCCACGUUCACGAUCGCAGUCGCGCGACAGGGAAGCGUCGGUGGCCGCCUCAAGUCGACUUUCAAGCCCAGAGAUGACCGUAGUGCAUUCACGGUCCGCGUCACGGCAGCAGUCCACCGAACCUAGCGCAGUCAACGGUCGACACGAGAUCAAGCGCAGGAGAUAUGCUCCCUCCGAGUUGGCCAAGGAGACUACAAACGAGGCCAGCAUGUCGACUGAUCUCAGUGACGAUUCGACAGAGCUCAAGGAGGCAGCAGAUCACGAGUCGACUGCAGAAGCCAGAAAUGGAGCUGUGGCAGAAGCUUCCGAAGAUGCCGCCGACACAGCGACGAAUGCAAACGAAGGAGAAGCUAAUGUCAAAGCAGAAGAUGCCAUCGAUCUGGAAGAGGCGAUGGAGCCUGCACCGAAGAGUGCGGCAUCUGCAGUGGAAGAAGGCGUCGCACCGAAGAAGGAACGACCAGCAGUCAUCGAGGAGCGCACCGGUCUCAUCCAAUUCCGAGUGGUCACCAACGACGACAAUCACGAAUCGAUGAUCCUUCUAACAGGCCUCAAGAACAUUUUCCAACGUCAACUCCCCAAGAUGCCACGCGAGUAUAUCUCGCGCCUCGUUUUCGAUCGCAAUCACCAGAGCGUAGCUAUCGUCAAGCGCGGACUGCAAGUGGUAGGCGGCAUCACAUAUCGACCGUUCAAGCAACGCAAGUUCGCCGAGAUCGUCUUUUGCGCCAUCACCAGCACGGAGCAGGUCAAAGGAUACGGCUCGCAUCUAAUGAACCACCUCAAAGACCACGUCAAGGCGUCUUCACCCGUCAUGCACUUUCUGACCUAUGCCGACAAUUAUGCGAUCGGCUACUUCAAGAAGCAAGGCUUCACCAAAGAGAUCACGCUGGACCGAUCCAUGUGGGUGGGCUACAUUAAGGACUACGAAGGCGGAACACUGAUGCAGUGCAGCAUGGUGCCGCGCGUCAAGUAUUUGGAGGUUCAGGACUUGCUCGCCGCGCAAAAGGAGGCAGUGCUGGCCAAGAUCCGAAGCAUAAGUCGCUCUCACGUGGUGCACAAGGGCUUGCAAGCCAUGCAUGACCGCGAUCGUCUUAUCAAGCUCAAAGGGCUGAUCGAGAACCCGGACGGCACGGUAGCCAAGCCGGAACGGGCAGCCAAACGAGACCAGCACCACGGAGAGGAUCAUCCGACGGCGACGUUCUUGGUGGACCCGUCGGAUGUUCCAGGGCUGAAGGAAAGCGGCUGGACGCCAGAGAUGGACGAGCUGAGUCGACGACCGAAGCGAGGACCCCACUUUGCCGUGAUGCGACACAUCCUCGUGGAGCUCAACGGACACGGAAGCGCCUGGCCCUUCGUCAAUCCGGUCAACGGCGAAGAGGUGACCGACUACUACGACGUGAUCAAGAAUCCGAUGGACCUCUCCACGAUGGAGGCCAAGCUCGAGAACAAUCAGUACGCCAAUGUCGACGAGCUGGUGGCCGACGCUCAGCUCAUCUUUGACAACUGUCGGGCGUACAACCCUGCAUCAUCGCCGUAUGCCAAGAGCGCGACUAAGCUCGAGAAGUUCCUCAAGGAGACGCUGCUGCCCAAGGUGCAAAGCUCUUUGUAA